AUGGGCACCAAAAUAGAGAAAAUCAUCGAGAGAUUCGAGGUACUCAUCAAGUACCUCUCGGAAACCGCCCCGUCAGUGUUCAGGGACUUCAACGAGAAGUUCCCGAUACCGCCAGUGUCAUUCGACACGGACAGCCCGGCUUCACCGGGAUGUCAGCAAAGCAAUCCAUCCGAUAUGGAUUGCUGGCCAAUCGGCUCGGAGGCCGAGACAUCGUCAGCAGAGACGACGCCACCGACUUCGGACGCCGGGGAGGAUAGCGACGGGUUCAGGCCCGUAAUAUCCAAAUCAGGAAAGAGGAAGGCGGCUAAGUGGCUGAAGGCGCCGCCGCCGAACAAAAAAAUAAUUACGUCACCCGCAGCUGCCGGCGCAGCUGCGCGCGCACCUGUGUCAACACCUGCGGGCACAUCUGUGUCCGCGCCUGCGGGCACAUCUGUGUCCGCAAUUGCGGGCACAUCUGUGUCCGCGCCUGCGGGCACAUCUGUGUCCGCAAUUGCGGGCACAUCUGUGUCCGUACCUGCGGGCACAUCUGUGUCCGCACCUGCGGGCGCAGCUGUGUCCGCGCCAGCGGGCACCGCUGUGUCGGUACCGGCGGGGGUACCUGGGUCCGCACCCACAAAAACAAAUAGCCCGCCGCCCCUAUACGUCAGGACGAACAGGAACUGGAACGACAUUUCCAGUCUCCUUAAUAACAAGAACAUCCGGUACAUAUCAGCCCGCAACACGGCGGUAGGUAUAAAAAUAUCUACUGCCUCCCCGUCCGACCACCGUGCACUGUCAUCGAUAUUGCGUAAAAACAAUAUCGAAUACCAUACCUACGCCCUCCCGGAGGAACGUAGGCUAACUGUAAUUAUCAAGGGUCUCCCCGCGGAGAUACCUGUUAAUGUUAUAGAAAAGGACCUUCAGUCCCAAAACCUGCCAGUGUUGGAAGUGCAUCGCAUGCACAGGCCAAAUAAACGACCGUUCGACAUGGUGCUAGUGCACUUGUCCCUUACCCCGGAAGCCCCGCACUGGGCGAAAGUUGGGCGGCACCCCGGCAAUGCCCGGGAGCCGGCUCUCAUCCCCGCUGCACCUCCGACAACAAACGCUUGGGUACGCCCAAGCGCCAUAAUAGGCCCGAAAGCCCCUCAGGCACCUCAGGCCCCUCUGGCACCUCAGGCCCCUCAGGCACCACAGGCCCCUCAGGCACCAAAAGCCCCUCAGGCACCAAAAGCCCCUCAGGCACCGAAGGCCCCUAAGGCACCCCAGGCCCCCAAGGCACCGGCAGUAGGCCUAGCGGCUGACCUACAACUCGUCUGCGACUUCGCGAGUCUAAUAGACCCCGCGGAGGUGCAGACCUUAGCAGCCAAGCUGAGGGCCUCCAACGGCAAUCCUCAGGCGCGCAUGCUGGCAAUGUGCCAGCACGCGGGCAUGUUGAGUGCCGUCGGGGCGUACCAAGCCAAUGGCUGUUAA